GGUGGGACUGGGAGCUCAAUGGAGGCUUACUGGUCUUACUGGGGGCUUACUGGUCUGACUGGGAGCUCAAUGGGGGCUUACUGGUGGGACUGGGAGCUUACUGGGGGGACUGGGAGCUCAAUGGGGGCUUACUGGUGGGACUGGGAGCUCAAUGGGAGCUUACUGGUCUCACUUGGAGCUUACUGGGAGCUUACUGGUCUUACUGGGAGGGACUGGGAGCUUACUGGUCUUACUGGGAGGGACUGGGAGCUCACUGGGGGCUUACUGGUCUGACUGGGAGCUCAAUGGGGGCUUACUGGUGGGACUGGGAGCUCAAUGGGGGCUCACUGGUCUUACUGGGGGCUUACUGGUCUUACUGGGAGCUCACUGGGGGCUUACUGGUCGGACUGGGAGCUCAAUGGGGGCUUACUGGUCUGACUGGGAGCUCACUGGGGGCUUACUGGUGUGACUGGGAGCUCAAUGGGGGCUUACUGGUCUGACUGGGAGCUGAAUGGGGGCUUACUGGUCUGACUGGGAGCUCACUGGGGGCUUACUGGUCGGACUGGGAGCUCAAUGGGGGCUUACUGGUCUGACUGGGGGCUUACUGGUGGGACUGGGAGCUCAAUGGGGGCUUACUGGUCUUACUGGGGGCUUACUGGUCUUACUGGGAGCUCACUGGGGGCUUACUGGUCGGACUGGGAGCUCAAUGGGGGCUUACUGGUCUGACUGGGAGCUCACUGGGGGCUUACUGGUGUGACUGGGAGCUCACUGGGGGCUUACUGGUCUGACUGGGAGCUGAAUGGGGGCUUACUGGUCUGACUGGGAGCUCACUGGGGGCUUACUGGUCUGACUGGGAGCUUACUGGUCUUACUGGUGUGACUGGGAGGUCAAUGGGGGCUUACUGGUGGGACUGGGAGCUGAAUGGGGGCUUACUGGUCUGACUGGUGGCCAAUGGAGCUCACUGGUGCAGAUGGAAGCCCUCCAGCAGCUCAUGUUCCUGGUGGGGUUGGGGGCAUCUCUUGGGGUUCCUUGUCUUACUGGGAGCUUACUGGUCUUAAUGGGAGGGACUGGGAGCUCAAUGGUGGCUUACUGGUCUGACUGGGAGCUCAAUGGGGGCUUACUGGUGGGACUGGGAGCUCAAUGGGGGCUCACUGGUCUUACUGGGAGGGACUGGGAGCUUACUGGGGGCUUACUGGUGGGACUGGAGGCUUACUGGUGGGACUGGGAGCUCACUGGGGACUUACUGGUGGGACUGGGAGCUUACUGGUGGGACUGGGAGCUCAAUGGGGGCUUACUGGUGGGACUGGGAGCUCAAUGGGAGCUUACUGGUCUGACUGGGAGCUUACUGGGAGCUUACUGGUCUUACUGGGAGGGACUGGGAGCUUACUGGUCUUACUGGGAGGGACUGGGAGCUCAAUGGGGGCUUACUGGUGGGACUGGGAGCUCAAUGGGAGCUUACUGGUGGGACUGGGAGCUCACUGGGGGCUUACUGGUCUGACUGGGAGCUUACUGGGAGCUUACGGAUCUUACUGGGAGGGACUGGGAGCUCAAUGGGGGCUUACUGGUCUGACUGGGAGGUCAAUGGGGGCUUACUGGGAGGGACUGGGAGCUCAAUGGGGGCUUACUGGUGGGACUGGGAGCUCAAUGGGGGCUUACUGGUCUGACUGGGAGCUUACUGGGAGCUUACUGGUCUUACUGGGAGGGACUGGGAGCUUACUGGUCUUACUGGGAGGGACUGGGAGCUCAAUGGGGGCUUACUGGUGGGACUGGGAGCUCAAUGGGAGCUUACUGGUGGGACUGGGAGCUCACUGGGGGCUUACUGGUCUGACUGGGAGGGACUGGGAGCUUACUGGGGGCUUACUGGUGGGACUGGAGGCUUACUGGUGGGACUGGGAGCUACUGGGGGCUUACUGGUGGGACUGGGAGCUUACUGGGGGGACUGGGAGCUCAAUGGGGGCUUACUGGUCUGACUGGGGGCUUACUGGUCUUACUGGGAGGUACUGGGAGCUCACUGGGGGCUUACUGGUGGGACUGAGAGAUCAAUGGGGGCUUACUGGUCUGACUGGGAGCUCAAUGGGGGCUUACUGGUGUGACUGGGAGCUCACUGGGGGCUUACUGGUCUGACUGGGAGCUCAAUGGGGGCUUACUGGUCUGACUGGGAGCUCACUGGUGGGACUGGGAGGUCACUGGUGGGACAGGGAGGUCAAUGGGGGCUUACUGGUCUUACUGGGAGGGACUUGGAGCUCAAUGGGGGCUUACUGGUGGGACUGGGAGCUCACUGGUGGGACUGGGAGGUCACUGGUGGGACUGGGAGGUCACUGGGGGCUUACUGGUGUGACUGGGAGCUCAAUGGGGGCUUACUGGUCUGACUGGGGGCUUACUGGUGGGACUGGGAGCUCAAUGGGGGCUUACUGGUCUUACUGGGAGCUCAAUGGGGGCUUACUGGUGUGACUGGGAGCUCAAUGGGGGCUUACUGGUCUGACUGGGAGCUUACUGGUGGGACUGGGAGCUCACUGGGGGCUUACUGGUGGGACUGGGAGCUCACUGGGAGCUUACUGGUGGGACUGGGAGCUCACUGGGGGCUUACUGGUGGGACUGGGAGCUUACUGGUCCCAUACUGGUCCCAUACUGGUGUUUCUGGUCCCAUAUUGGUCCCAUACUGGUCCCAUACUGGUGUUACUGGUCCCAUACUGGUCCCAUACUGGUCCCAUACCGGUCCCAUACUGGUCCCAUACUGGUGUUUCUGGUCCCAUACUGGUCCCACACUGGUGUUACCAGUCCCAUACUGGUCCCAUACUGGUGUUACUGGUCCCAUACCAGUCCCAUACUGGUCCUAUACUGGUGUUACUGGUCCCAUACUGGUCCCAUACCGGUCCCAUACUGAUCCCAUACUGGUGUUUCUGGUCCCAUACUGGUCCCAUACUGGUGCUACUGGUCCCAUAUUGGUGUUACUGGUCCCAUACUGGUCCCAUACUGGUCCCAUACUGGUGUUUCUGGUCCCAUACUGGUGUUACUGGUCCCAUACUGGUCCCAUACUGGUCCAAUAUGUGUUACUGGUCCCAUACUGGUGCUACUGGUCCCAUACUUUUGCUACUGAUCCCAUACUGGUGUUACUGGUCCCAUACUGGUCCCAUACUGGUGCUACUGGUCCCAUACUGGUGCUACUGGUCCAUACUGGUGUUUCUGGUCCCAUACUGGUCCCAUACUGCUGUUACUGGUCUCAUACUGAUCCCAUACCAGUAUUACUGGUCCCAUACUGGUGUUACUGGUCCCAUACUGCUCCCAUACUGGUGUUACUGGUUCCAUAUUGGUCCCAUACUGGUGUUUCUGGUCCCAUACUGGUCCCAUACUGGUGUUUCUGGUCCCAUACUGGUCCCAUACUGGUGUUUCUGGUCCCAUACUGGUCCCAUACUGGUGCUACUGGUCCCAUACUGGUCCCAUACUGGUGCUACUGGUUCCAUAUUGGUCCCAUACUGGUGUUUCUGGUCCCAUACUGAUCCCAUACUGGUGUUUCUGGUCCCAUACUGGUCCCAUACUGGUCCCAUACU